AUCUUACAAACACUGACUGCUAUCCUGGUAGAUAAUUAAAGAGAAAUAAAAUAACUAUCAGACCUUGGGAACCAAAGAUCAAAGUACAGCUGGUAUCAGUGGGUUUGUAAGCAGAUGAACAUGCGUCAGAUAUACUAAGACAUGUCACUAUGGAAGUCAGUCAACUCAUGUGCCGAGACCCUAUUUUUAGAAUUAGGAAAUACUAACAUGCUGACGACAAUCAUACCGCUGUUGCAAAACAAUAUGAGUAACUGCGGAAUACUCCAUUCAUUCAGAAAAGCAAUCUUAUCUUCCGCACAAUCCAUUCACCAAUAUUGAAGUAUGCGGAAUUUUAGUUAUCCGACUGUUAUGUACUCAAUUAAGUUACAUUGACAGUCAGAAAUACAAUGGUGUAUUCAACAUAACAAAAUUAGAAAUGAAAAAAAGUAACAACAGUCCAAGUCAUGCCACAUGUCAUACUGAGGUUAUUUUAAAAAAGGAUAGUUUAUUACAUUAGAGAAGUUCCGCAAGGAAAUCAAGUAAUUACAUUUGUCACAAUCUUAGGAUUUUAAGUAAGGCUUAUCGAUUAGAGUUAGUUUAGGAAACCACACUAUGUGGAAUUAUGGUUUGUUCACUUUGCAUCCAUGUAGAACAAGACAUUGAACGGUGCAAAAUAUAAAGUGCUGAAUAAAUGGUAUAACAGUAGUUCUUCACCAGCGUUUGUGUGUGUCUUAAAGCUAGAUAUGGUAAAUUCAGGGCAGUUUUGCUACGGCAAUAUAAAUCAAAAUAAUAUUCGUUAAAAUCUAAUAAGACAAACAAUCGGUAGCCACCUACAAUUUUGUACAUAAAUACGUUACUGGUAACAUGACUGAAAAAACUGCAUUAAAUGGAACUGGAGUGGUAAGAUGAAUUUCAAGACAGAAAGUCGAUUAAUUAAAUUAUUGGGUCGUACUUCCAUUUUUAUCUUCUGGAAUCCAGUUGUACACUACUCAGUAGCAUGGAGUUGGUGGAGGAGAGACUAGAAGUCGGGACCUAGAAACAUGAAUGUCCUUCGAUUAUCGUUUUAUAACUACAGAUAUCAGUACUGUUGGGUGAAUAAGAUUAAAAGCUAAGUUUUUUACAAGACCUCUAUUCAUGAAAAGUAGAUGUGAUUAUUUUGAAAAGACAAAGAGAUACGAAAGAAGACAAGAAGAACAAAUUUAUCAUGGGGAAUGAUUAUUUGAGAAAAGGAAGUGUUUGAAAUCAGUGAAAUUGUGAUAUCAAGCUUGUGUUGUGACUACAGACUGAAAAUCAACCAUUGUUACCAAUUGUGAAUUUUCUUUCGCAAUGAAAGCAUCACUAUGCUGGCACGGAUACUUGACAUUAUUAACCAUCACUUUCAGGGAAAGAUACAAAGCAGUUGUAUAUAUCGUUAAACGUUACUAGCUUUACUAAUUUGGUACCACAGAGGAUUUACCCUGCAGAGAUAACAUGGCAAAAACUCCAUUAAGUGAUUCGGAAUUUGAGCGUCUGAGAAGAGCACUUAUAUCAGAAACAACAAGUGUCGCAGAUAAAUUUGAUAAAUUGUAUUAUUCUAAAGGAUAUUUUACUGGGGUACAGGCAGCUGCAAUUUUAGCCUGUUACAAAACAGCUCCAGAAAGAGUUCAAGUGAUUAAAGCUUUAAAAAAAAGAUUGUGUCGCAUGACAUGUGCCGAGGCAGCUGAAAUACUAAAGGUUAUGCAAUUAACUAAUCACGAUAGAAUAUUCGCACUGGAUUGUGUUAAGCAUACACUGAUUGAUCAUGAAACAACAGAAGGAAUUGAAUACAUACUGAAAGCAUUCAUUUAUGAAAGUGAUAAGAUGAAAGCAUUGCACAUAUUGUCUACUGUUAGUAUGCAUGUUAGCAGAGAACUUGCAAGUGGUGGACAUCAAGUGUAUGCACCAUUCGGUGGCCUGUACACUCAGUCCUUCCCCGGACGCGAAACACUUUACGGGCCUAUCAGUGAGCAGUUAGCUGUGAAAAAUCAUGAGGUUAAACCUUCACUGCCUGUGACCGCACGCAUGAAUCUCCCGGAAUCAAUAUUUCGUGCAGCACCAUCAUACGCAUAUAUUGGUGACGAUAAUCGUUCAUGGUAUCUAGGUGGAGGUAGACCGCCACUGCCACCCCCAAUAUCCGACAGUGUUAUAACUGGUCCACCGAAGGUGUUAGGUGAAACCAGAGAAGAUUUCAUUCAGAAUGCAUCAGUUUAUCCAGGUGACAAUCCGUGCCUAAGUAUUAAUCAAGUUGCACCAGAGCCGAUUGGAUAUCCGACAAUUCACAAACAUCAAGAAACCGAUUGUUGUUAAACUAUGUUAACAAAUUGACCGACAUGGUAUUCUGAGUCUUGAAAUCCUGACCACUGAUACUAUUAUUUUUUCAAUUCACAGCCAUGUUUUAUUUAUUUUGUUAUGAUUUCUACUUUAUUCGGAUAUAUUUUCUUAGUUACGCAGACUCAUAAAUUACAUGUUAAAGUCAAUACAAACAAAAAUACAGAGAACAGACUCAGAAGAGAAAAUAAAUAAAAGUUUUCUCAGUAAAAAACAGCUCAUGAGAAAGUCACUUAAAAAAGUGUCUUAUCACUUAAGGAUUUGAAGAGUUGUCUAUUUUUCAUCACAAAAUAAAUAAAAAAUAGUAGAUAUCAUCAAAAUAUUUAGUAUUUCUUAAAAAUUUGGAUUAUCAGAGAGAGAUUAUUUGUCCGAUGAAACA